GGCCGGCAGGGUCACCGCCGCGCGCUGUCCUUGCGGACGCGUUGCGGACGCCGCAGAGCGGACUCGCGCUUGAGAGCGAACGGCCGUGUUCCGUGGAGAUCGGCGGCCUAGGGCGUCUCAGUAUGUUGUGUCGGGCGGUGUGCAGCGCGGGCCGGAGGCUGUCCCCGGCGGCCAGUACCGCGGGCUCCCGGCACAAGCACAGCCUCCCCGACCUGCCUUACGACUAUGGCGCGCUGGAGCCGCACAUCAACGCGCAGAUCAUGCAGCUGCACCACAGCAAGCACCACGCGACCUACGUGAACAAUCUGAACGCCACAGAGGAGAAGUACCACGAGGCCCUGGCCAAGGGAGAUGUUACAACUCAGGUUGCUCUUCAGCCUGCACUGAAGUUCAAUGGUGGGGGCCAUAUCAAUCACAGCAUCUUCUGGACAAACCUGAGCCCCAAUGGUGGUGGAGAACCCAAAGGAGAGUUGCUGGAGGCUAUCAAACGUGACUUUGGGUCUUUCCAGAAGUUUAAGGAGAAGCUGACUGCUGUAUCUGUUGGAGUUCAAGGUUCAGGCUGGGGCUGGCUUGGCUUUAAUAAAGAGCAAGGUCGCUUACAGAUUGCUGCCUGCUCUAAUCAGGACCCACUGCAGGGAACCACAGGCCUCGUUCCACUGCUGGGGAUUGAUGUGUGGGAGCAUGCCUAUUACCUUCAGUAUAAGAAUGUCAGACCCGAUUAUCUGAAAGCUAUUUGGAAUGUCAUCAACUGGCAGAAUGUCGCUGAAAGAUACGCAGCCUGCAAGAAGUAAAGCCUUGUCACCUUACUGAGUGUGUUAGGCCCUCGAUGGCUAUUUUUGUAGUAGUAUAGAAUAAAUACUGCAGUAACUAUGACUGCUUUAUUGUAACAUUUAUUGAUGUCUAUCCACAUAUUUGAUGAACAUGUUAUGACAAUUUCUUAUUUUUAAUUAAAUUUAUUAUUAGGCAACUGUUUGAGAACAGUAUAUACUCUGUAUGAAUUACUCUUGAUUGACAUUUGCAUUAAAGCCUUGUUGCUAGGAUGCUAUAACUGUCAUUAUAAGACCAUCAGAAAUAUUCCUUCUCUAUGUUUUUGGGGCCCGUGGGAGAGUCUGGAAUCCUGUUCUACUGCACUUAGAAAAAAAAUACUGAGUUUUUUUUUCUUUUUUUCCCUGAGUUGUUAAUAAAACAGAGAACUGAAUAGUUCCCUUUCCUAUUAAAAAUUCCUCAUUUUGGUAAGUAAUCCUCUGUUUAGAGGAUGUCACAUAGUGGUCUUUAUUUAUAGUCACAGUUUCCCAUUCAUUUGAAAUCUGUAACUUGAGGCUAAGGAUAUAGUUCAGUGGUAGAGCUUUGUCUGAGCGUGCAAGGCCCUGGGCCUACCUCGGUACUGAAAACAGUCAUCGGAUCCCAUAGCUUGGUUGUCGACUGAGAACUGUUACCAUGAGAGGAAGUGAUUGUACCUCUGGGGCUUUCUACAGGCAGAGAUGCAAAGGCAAUGUUGUCUUUAAAACCAACUGUGUGGUGUAUGGAAGUGCUCGAGAUGGACAAAUUAGGGCCUACCUGAUGAUGUCAGCCAUGGGGACUAGGCCACAGUGCAUUCUGGGAAGCCAUUCAGUCCCGUUAAUUGUAUAUCUCAGAACUAUACCCUGGGCCAGAUGGCGCCUUUCUGAGUGUCUCCCUGAGAGUAUUAGCUUUUCAGAGAUAUUUAUUCUCAUUUCUUCUGUAGGUUGUUUCAAUAAUUUGUAGCCACCAGAGGGGCUUUAUAUUGUUUUUCAUAAAGGGAAGACCUUUUCAUGACAAGGUGACAGUAUUUCUGAUUGCAUUCCUGUGCAGCGUUUGCACAUGGAGUUGUGUGCUGUGCUGAUGACACAGGGACCCUUUGUGAAUUUUCUUUUCACAUUUUGUUUCACCAUCUUUGAAAUUAUCUUGGUGACUGUGUAAUAUUUUAUCAUUUGGACCUGUCAUUUAGAGUUCUAUUACUAAAUAGUGUUUACUUGUUGUUUAUUAUCAAAAAGACUGAGGCCAGCAGCCCCAUGCAUGCAGAUUUUACUUAUUGGAGUAUUUUUCCCCUAAGGUUUAUUUUGUUUUUAGCUAUGUAUGAUUGGGUAAUUGUGUUCACAUGAGUGCAGGUGCCCAUGGAGUCUAGAAGAGAUGGUUGGAUCCCUUGAGCCAGAGCAGUUACAGGUGACCUGGAGUCACUUGAUGUGGUUGCUGGGACUUGAACUAGGAUCCUUUACAAGAGCAAUAAGGACUUACCCACCGAGCCAUCUCUCUGGCCCCUGGAAGUUUUUUUUUCCAAGUUUUUUAAUUCUCCCCUCAAAUAUAUUUUCCUUAAGUGGAAAAAUGGAGUAACUUAGCAGUUUCAAUAUUGAAGACUGAAGUUAAAAAAAAUACUUAAAUUCAUAGCACUUUUUAAGAAUUUGCUGUAGAGGCCAGUCAGGUGUUUGAUGUCAGUGCUGACCCAUUCCUGAUGGCUCUUUGUGUAUGUUUCUGCGUGUGCAUGGAAGGACUUAGAAGACUGAGUAGCAUCUAUUGUGUGGGGCAGUGGCAAGACCGAGCAACGAGAGUCACGUGGUUGCCACUCACCUUCAUUCAUGAGGCUGUGAACGCUUACGCAGACAUUUUGGGAAAGUAAACUUUGAUACAGUGACUUGAAUACAAGUCUGUCGGGUUAGAGUUGAUCUUGAACUAACAGAUUUACAGAAACUACUGACUUAUACAACUUUGACUCCUGCUAAGCUUUCAGAUUAAAAACAAAAUUCAAUGUUGAAAUUUCUAUGAGGCUCUAUUUUUCUGAGACUUUCUGUUGGUGAGAAUGGCGAGUUACACUGCAUCCACUAAAAGUCUUCUCCCCGAUGCAUAGAUUAUAAGAGACCAAGAGAAUUUUAAACUAAAGACAUAAAUCUUCCAGUGUAAAAUGAGGCUUAGAUGAUUUAGCUCUGUCUUUUUAAAAGUAGAGACAAGUAAAUUGACAUUUCUUCUGAAAGAAAUACCUGAAAUGCGCCAGGUGGUGGUGGCUUGUACCUUUAGUCCCAGCUCUUGGGAGGCAGAGGCAAGUGGCUCUCUGAGUUUGAGGCCAGCCAGGUCUACAGAGCAAGUUCAAGGAUGGCCAGGGAUACACAGAAAAACCCUGCCUUGAAAAACCAAACCCCCCCCCCCAAACAAAACAAAAACCAAAAACCGAAAUGGAAUAUACGAAAUGCAUAUUGUUUGUCCCGUGCAGGGCUAGAUCAGCUGUGCGUGCUCCAGCCAAGGUUGGACUUGACCGACAUUAGCAUAGUUAGCCCUGGAGGGAAGCAAGGAAGCCAAAUAAGUAUUCCUUUAAGGUGGCACCUGCUGCCGGAACUGUUGUACAUUAAAUAACCUUGGGGUUCAGAAAUUGCCUUAUUGCACCCGAAAUUCUUGGUCUAAAGUGAGAUCUGAAUUUCUGUUGAGCAUCUUUAUAAGAAAGUAUCAAAGCCAUAUAAUAGGACUUAUUCGUGCUGUGUGUGAGUCAUAUCUAAAACAGUAUAAACACUGGCUUUUUUUCCUGUUGUAAUUUCAGUUAAACUAUUAGGAAAGUCGUUAGGUAAAUUUUUAAGCAGAUUAUAGCAAAGCGCUAGCCUACUGAUCCCAGUGUGCUAACACCUGUCUUUUGAACAUCAUAUCAGGUACCUGCUGAAAAGCCUGUAAGGCCCUGGGUAGUUUCCAUUUAAUUAUUGAUCAAAGAUGCCUUUAUUUUCCUAUUGUAAGUGCAAAGUGUUUUUGAUUAUUAAUAAAAAAAUCUGUCAAAUA